AUGAGGAAGAGGUGGGUGGAACGGCAGCAAGGGAUGCAUAAGAGGAGGAAGGAUUAGGUUCAGAGAAAGGAACUUAAGAAGAAUCUCUCCAGAUACUGGAUGAAAUAAGAAGUAUGGGUACGUUUGUGACCCUGGCAGAGGUUUUGGAGGCCCGGGGCUCACCGCUGGAUGAGGAUGAGGUCUGGUGUCUGCUUCUUGCCACCACAGAUGCCUUACUCGAAAUCUCCAAAAAAGGUUCAGGCAACAUGUGCAGCGUGCUGAGCCCAGGCUCAGUGCUGCUCUCAGCCAACGGGAGUCUGGCCUUCAAAAGCUGUGCUCGAAAUGAAGACGUGGCCUCCUUCACAGCCCCUGAAGUCCAGCAGGGUCACACCGCCUCCUCGAGGACUGCAGUCGAAAAGAUGGUUGUAUACUCACUGGGGAUGACUCUUUAUUGGUGUGUUGACUAUCACCUACCUCACAACCAGCCAGUCCAAAUAAGUGCUGAGCUGGAAGGUUUGCUACUGAGCAUGUGCGAGGACAUGAUGUUGAGAAGGACGGACCUGCUAACGGUGCUGGAAACCUGUGAGCUACACCACAAGGCUUCAAUGCUUCCUCCUGCAGAGCGUCUCAUUAGGCAGCUGGUGGAGGAUGUUUACAGAAACUCGGCUGAUCACGUCUCCAUGGCUGAUAAUGGAUCCCAGCUAACAGACCGCAGUCAAGUGGUCCGGGACAGAUUACACAGGAGCUCUUUUAGUAACUCAACAUGGUCGCUGAAGAAGAAGAUGUCCGGAACAUUCUCGGGGGUAUCUUAUUCAGCUAAUGCCACAGGGAUUCCCUUGGGAGGCCGGCAAAUAGAGAGGUACGGCAGCUGGCAGCAGCUGAACCGCAGCCCCGGUAGUCCUUAUAUGGAUGCUAAUCGAAAUGCCAACUCAAGAUCCCUCACACAGUUUGACUCCUCAAUGAGUCUGAAUGAUAAGAAAGUAAAGGACAUGGGUCCUGAGUUUAUUAGAGUGCUGGAUGAGCCGCUGGUUGUCUUGGAACUUCCUGGAUCCAUUGUGUCAAAGAAAGGGAAAUCUCCUACCACUCAAAGAGAGCUGAGUGUUGUAAUGCCGAAUGGCCAGAGCAUCCUUGUCAGGUGCGAGGUGAAAUCCAGAGGAGGAGACGUCUUUGACAUGAUUGUGGCUCACUUCAACCUUGUGGAGCAUUUCUACUUCGGCCUUGCUUACAUUGAUGAUAAUGAGUUUUUCUUUGUGGACAAUGAUACCAAGAUUUCUAAAGUUGCUCCAGAUAGCUGGAAAAAAGUGCCUACUGCCACCUUUGUCCUUUUCUUCAGGGUCAAAUUCUUCAUCAACGACAUUUCUCUUCUUUUGCACAAACAGACCCGACACCAGUAUUACCUCCAGCUUAGGAGAGAUCUUUUGGAGGACAGGCUGUCCUGUCAUGAGGAGACUGCUCUGUACCUAGGAGGUCUGGCCCUGCAGACGGAGUAUGGAGAUUCCAUGCCUGAGGUAUAUGGUAGGGGCUACUACCGCCCUGAUCAGUAUGUCUCCAAGAGCGUGUUGGAGAAAUGUGCCUUGCCUUACAUUCAGGGGGAGCUGUUGCGACUUCACACCAACAAUGCUCAAAUGCUCACCGACGAAUCAGAACUUGAAUUUCUAAAGGUGUGUCAACAAUUGCCUGAGUACGGCGUUUCGUUCCACCGUGUGACACGGGAGAAAAAGCCUUCAGACGGAGAGAUUAUUCUUGGGGUUUGUGCCAAAGGUGUUAUCGUCUAUGAGGUGAAAGAUGGCAGUAGAUCCACUGCUCAGACUUUCUACUGGAGGGAAACAGCAACCAUCUCGUCUUAUAAGCAUAAAUUUGUAGUAGAGUGCCGGGGCAGCAAGAAGAAGCACACGUUCAUCACGGAGAGGUCGAAGAUAGCCAAGUACCUUUGUAACCUUUGUUCAGCGCAGCACAAGUUUAACAAUGAGAUGAACUCCCGUCAGCUGAGCCACAGCCUGGUGUCAGAGGACAACAUUGUGCAGUACGCAGCAGUGUGCCGUGCUCAGAGCAGCCAGCUUAAGUCUUCCUCAUGUUCUGAGACUCCUCAGGAUGACAGCGGUCUGACCACGCCUCAGAAUGAGUCCUUGACCAAGCUGUAUGAUGAUGUCACAGCCAAGAUCGAGGCCCGCAUAAAACAGCAGCACCUCAACGAGCAAAGCAGUCAGCGCAGCAGCAGUGGUAUGCUCUCACCAUCGUGCUCUCAGAGGAGUGGAUCUGAAGCCCCUUGUGGUUCGCCAGCAGCCCAAGAAACUCCAACUAAACUGGGGACACCAUCUGAGAGAGAAGUUAUAUGUGUUUCCUUAAAGAAAGACCCAAAGCUUGGCCUAGGUAUAGUAAUAGUUGGCGAGGACACAGUAGGGCAUUAUGAUUUGGGCAUCUUUGUAGCCUCUAUUGUGCCUGGUGGACCUGCUGAUAAAGAUGGACGCAUCAGAGCUGGUGGCCGACUGAUCUCUCUGAACCACAUCAGCCUGGAAGGUGUUACCUUCAGCGAGGCAGCAGAGGUCAUGCAAAACAGCCCAGAGGAGGUGCAGCUUAUUAUCUCACAGCCGAAAGUGUCUCUGCCAUUAUCCACAGUUCCCAUCAGUCCCAGCAGUAAUAAUUGUCGUUCUCCUGGGUUGAGAAAAUAUAUAUCCCAGACAACACUAAUGACAGAUGGACGAUCGAGAGAUGAUAGCCUUGAUGAGAUUGUGUCAGUCAUGAUGACUCCAAAGACCAGCAAGAAACUACACUUCCCCCCUGAAGUUCGAGUUCUCAGUACACAGGAUAGCUGUUCUGUGAAGCCGGAAGAGAUCAGCAUGGAGCUCAGGAAGAUAUCAGGAAAUCUGGGCAUUAGCAUAUCUGGUGGCAUCAACACUAACCUUCCUAAUGGAGGAAUCUACAUCAAGAGCCUUGUUCCAGGAGGGGCUGCUGAGAGAGAUGGACGUUUGCAUAUAGGUGACAGACUGUUGGAGAUCGACGGCACUAACUUCCAGGGCUUCACCUACCAGCAGGCUGUGGAGUGCUUGAGUAAAACUGGGGAGGUAGUGUCCUUGGUUGUGGAGAGGGAGUUGGUCAACCUACCCAGGGUCUAUCUUAUUGCUGACACCAGCAGCACUGUAUCCAAUCCGAACCUGAGUUCAUCUACCAGCCAGCUAAGAUGCAACAGCUCCUCAUCUGUGAGCACUACUUUAAACACGAUAUCUGAUCGGCCCUACGAGUACAGCUUUGUUACUGAUGACAACACCAAGGAAGUGACUCUGAUCAAGAAUGAGAAUGGGCUGGGCUUCAGCUUCUUGAUGUGUGAGCUGGACCCGCCCAUCCGAGAUUUUGGGAGCCUCGUCCGGAUAAAGCAGCUUUUCCCGGGUCAGCCUGCUCAGCAGAGCGGCAGAAUCCAGGAGGGAGAUGUCCUGCUGGCCAUCAAUGGCCAGUCGCUCAAGGAGCUGUCCUAUCCAAAGGUGCUAAAGCUUUUCAAAACUUCUCCACCUGAAGUCCAGCUGACCCUCUGUCAUCCUCCACCAGGGAUUCUUCCUACAAUUGAUCAGUUCGCUGGCUCAUGAGUGACCUCAUCGUUACACAGCGCCGGCAUCGUCUGAAGCAACCGUGGGCUUUAGAACGAAGCAGGAGGUGGCGACGGAGACUGUAGGGAGAACGGCCGAUAAAGCUGUUUUGAUCAGUUGACAGGAACAUUAAGCUGAUCUACUAACUGGACUCCAACACUGUAGAAAGAAAUAAAGACGGGAUAGAAGAGCAGAGAGGCUGGAGACACAGUACGGCUAUUUCUGGACAGAAUAUCUGAUGUAUAGCAAACAUUUUGGUGACAUCAAAACAAGAAGACGACUGGAGCAAACCUCUUGAAGUGACA